UCUCUCUCUCGUUCCGAGUUCCGACCGACCCAUGUCGCCCCCGCAGCCGGCGGCGGCGAGCCUGCGCGGCUUCCUGGACGCGCACUUCGCCUCCGCCGAGGACCUCGCCGCCGCGCCGGCCCUCGCCGAGCUCCUGCGCCGCGAAUGCGCGGGGCUCGAGGGCUCCCUCCGCCGCCUCGAGGCGCACCUCGCGUCCGCCUCGGCCUCCUGGCUCGCGCGCUCCGCCGACGCUCGCUCCGGCCUCCGCCGCAUCAGCCGCUCCUCCCGAGGAGGCGUCGGUGCCAGGGACGAUUCUGGGGAGGAGACAGCCGCGCCGGGCGCCGAGCUGCCGGCGAUCGUGCGGGAGAUCCAGCGGAUCGACACUAUUCGGCUCUACGCGGAAGCUACUCUACAGUUGGAAGCUUUGGUUGGUAACCUAGAAGAUGCAACGUUUUCCAUCGUUAGACAGGCCUCAAAGUUGAACCUGUCAUCGGUACUUCGACGAGCAUCCAAUGGAAUGGAGAGGAAGCAAGAAAAGUUGCUCCAGGCUGUUGAUGCUGUAAGAGAUAUCGAGCGUGAAUUGGUAAGGAUCAGCACAAGUAGGCCACAGUGGACAAAUCUUAUAAUGGCUGUGGAUUCUAGAGUGGACAAAACUCUAGCCAUUUUGAGGCCUCAAGCACUUACAGAUUAUCGAGCUCUACUUGCGGUACUAGGUUGGCCACCUUCCUUGUCUUCACCAGACAUGGAGAAGGACAAGUACUCCCAAGUUCCAAAUCCCCUUGUCUUGAUGAAUGAGGCAAAUAGAGAGAAGUAUUCUGAGAGUUUUCUAGCACUGUGUGCCCUGCAACAUGUGCAUGCCAACCGUGACUUGCGUCAAUGCCAAAGUUCAGCAGCAACUUCUAGCAUGUCUGAUUCAAAGUAUUUUGAUAAAACUGCAUGCUUUGAUAAUGGACUUUGGGCAGUUGAUGAAUUGGUUCAACCUAUUGUGUCCAGAAUGGAAUAUCAUUUUUCUAAAUGGUCUGAACAGCCAGAGCUAAUUUUUGCCCUAGUUUACAAGAUAACAAAAGAUUUCAUGGAUGGAGUGGAUGAUAUAUUGCAGCUUUUGAUUGAUCAAGCAAGACUUCUGGGCUUAAGUGCCAAAGAUUCUUGGGUAACUGGAAUGGUGAAAAUGCUUAUAGGAUACCUUGAGACGCAAAUUUUACCAGCCCUUGUUACCUCUUAUCGUAGUACUGAUGACAAAGCUGAAGUGCACUCAUCUUGGAUGCAUUUGAAUGACCUGAUGGUUGCUUUUGAUAAAAGAAUGCAGCUCCUUGCAGAUUCAGGAAUUCAGAAAAUUGCAUCAAUUUCUGAAGGGCUCUCUCGGUCCUUAUCUGUCUUUUCAAUUUACAGUGAGCAUUCUGACUGGCUUCAGAUAUGGGCCGACAUUGAGCUUAGUUCUGCACAGCACAAGCUCAAAUCUGAAAUGGAGGAUGAGACAAAUUGGUUAUAUAAUAUUGGUCACCAGGAUGAGCUUGACCACCAGGAAAGCACUAGAAAAUUUCUUCUUUCCACCAGAGAAGAUUACAAAGCUCCACCUGUUUCUGAGUUUGUUAUCAAAACUGCAUCCUUGAUGAUUGAAAGAAGUCAUGCUCUGCCAAAUAAAGGGAUGAAGAUCCAGUAUACAAGAUCUACUUCAGUCCAGUUCUUGAAUGACUUCUUUAUUGUCUUGCAUGGACGAUGUGAUGCAUUGCAAUUGUCAAAUACAGCUCUAGAAGAUGAGUCUUUAUUGAAAGCUUCAUAUGCGAUUAAUGCUGCUCGAUAUUGUGAAUAUGUUCUUCGGGGAUGGGAUGAAGGUGCCAUCUUCUUGGAGAUGGGUGCGCAACAUCAAAGUUCUUUCUUUGCAGAUGAAAUUGCCUUUUUGGUUAAACUAGGGACCAAUUUUCUGGAACAGAUCAUGUCCUCCAUCCUGCUUGAGUUUGAAGAUCUAUCCUGGGACUAUGUCCAAAGCAUUGGAUCUUCAAAUGAACAAAACCAACCAGAUGGUCAGGUUCUAGAUGAAGAGAACCUAGAGGUGUCACCUGGAUUUGUUGCCAGUCUAGACACUCUGAGCAUGCGGACCACGAAACUGAAGCUAUAUCUUAACUCCAAAGAUUUCCUUGACCUGUGGAGGAGUAUAGCAGAAGGCCUUGACUACUUCAUCUACAGCAGCGUAAAGUGGGGUGAAGUGAAAUUCUCUUGCUCAGGAGUCAUUCAGCUAAGAGUCGACACGAAAGCCAUUCUCCGCAUCUUUAAGCCAUACUGUUUGAGACCUGAAGCUUUUUUCCCAUUUGUAACCGACUCUCUGAGGCUGCUAACCAUGCGAGAGGCAGACACGCAGUACUUGCUGGAAGCGCUUAAGGACGGCUGCAAGGAGCAGGAAAGUUGCCUGAGGCAGCAAGGAUUGCACCAUGUAGAUGCUAAGCAGGCCGUUAAAGUCUUGAGAAGCAAGAAGUCUGGCAGAUAAUCUUUAGUUAGGUAUAAAGAAUCUCUGAAACCUUAAGGUGACCAGAAGCUGUCUUUCUGCCGUGCUGAUGCAGACUGGUGUCUUCCUUCCAGGAAGCAUAAUGUGAACUCAAGCAUGAUGACUGACUCACGAGUCAUGAUUUCCUACUCACAGCAAGAAAGAGGCACACGACUAAAGGAUACGGCAACAACAGUGAGUGAGCAUUGCAACUUUCCAAGAUUGACAGGAACUAACUAACCUUUGCUACUUACCGCGUCCUGGAAUUAUCCAGGAAACUGUUCUUUGCUCACAAACCAGGCGAAAGUUGCUAUCUGCCCCAGGUCCAUAUCUGCGACAAAAUUGGAGAUGCCGGCUUUGACCGACUCGAUCCAUAUUCAAUCUAACCACGAUAUCAGAGUAGAUGGACCAUAUUAUUAUUCAGAUGCUUACAUCAUUGCUUGGUAUUUUGUCAGCUGAUUUCUUUGGUUAACCCCAAAGUCAGAAUCUCACAGAAUGAUUCUGAUGCCUCGUAUAUCAAUUCAAGCCAACGUAAUCAGGGCCAGAUCAAAUCCUUACCUUAACCCCCCUUUUUUUUAUCAUUGCUGAGCUAAUCUUCAAACUGUUUCUGGUAUCUAGACCAGUUCAACAACUGCUUACCUCUGCUUAUUGCAACUCCCAGAGAGGAAAUUCGACAUAGAAAAUUGUAGUA